AGGCUUACAACCUGAAUCACUCGACCCCCAAUGCAACGGGAAGCAUCCACGGACGCACGCCUGGCGUCGAUGGACCGACGCCUGGAUAUGGUCUUCGCCGCUAUUGACAGUCUUCCUGAUCGUAUCUACCAACGUCUCCAUGAGGCAAAAGACCACGAUCCCGUUCGUCCAAAGGCAGACACGAUCACGUUGACCAUGGCCGAGUUCACACAAGCGCUGAUGCAAGCGUCCAUGAAGCCAUGUGAUAGACCAUCCGCGUCGUCUUCGGUGCAUUCGUUGGUUGAGCAGCAUAUUCAAACAAGCUUGCGCAAGGAUGUUGUCACCACAAGCGGAAACAGUUCUGUGCACAUCGACAACACGUUGGGCAUUUCAAAGGCAACACCUACGACUUAUAUGAAGAGUAUGCCAUCCCCGACAAACUUCGACAUGCUGAUUGAAUCACCGCGAUCGUCGUCGAACGACGUCGCGCCUCACGACCUCAUCUCAGCCACAGAGUCGAAGAAAAGUCUAUCGCUACCCCUCAUCGUAUCGACUGACACGAUACGCGACACGCCGCUCCUAUCCCUCUCACGCCUUCCGUCACCUCAAACGAAAAAGCGCAAAAUCCGUCCAUCCAGUCAACCAUAUCCUCCCUUGUCGAAUGACGUCCAUUCCGUUCGUCCAUUGAAUGCUGUUCUUCCUGUAGCUCCACAUGGGAGUUCUGGGUGCGACGAUGGAAAUCCCGACGACGUGGCCAAGACCAAGUCCAGACGCCACGUGCCACCGCCACCUCAAUGGCGCUGCCAUGCCACCCUAUGUAAGACCAUGUGGGUGCACUGGUAUCGCGGCGACGCUGCCAACCACGUGGGGCCGUUCCGGUUCCUAAAACUGGGCGCCGACACGGACGCUCAAAGCAGGCGGCUGUUCCGCCGCGGCCGGAAACUCAUGCAUGCGCUGGAGCGCGUCGUGCUGUCGAGCCACUGGGUCGAGUCCGCCGACGCGAUUGCCGCGCUGCCGACGUCCAAGUUUGCCGCGUUGUUCGAGAAAGCAUUUGGAACGUUCUUGGGACGGACGCCUCACGGCACGUUGACCCGGCCAGGGUUUGAAUUGGUCCGAGCUGACCAAGUCGCGUUCUACAUGUACAGCACCGUAGUGGACAUCAUGACCAAAGCAGAGACAUGUGGAAGGUAGACGACUUUGAGAAUGCCAUUUGAUGUGUUGAUCUUGCAGUCGUUCGUGUCGAAUGAAGUUGAGGAG